AUGUUUACUUCUAUCUCAUCCACUAUUCGCUUUAGUCAUGCUUCAACUUCGUGCGAUAGAAAAAAAUUGAAGCAAGUUCGAAAUCAGCGAGUUGAUAGAUCUCGUGUGCUCUUUGGAUGCAGCGCUAUGGCGCGCGAGACCGACCCCAAAAAACGCAUCGUCAUUACUGGAAUGGGGCUUUGCUCUGUUUUUGGAAAUGACUAUAAUUCGUUUUACGAUAAGCUUUUGGAAGGAACGUCCGGUGUAGCCCCAAUUGACCGGUUUGACACUUCCGAUUUUCCAACUAAAUUUGCAGCUCAAAUCCGGAACUUCGACAACGAGGGGUAUAUCGACAAGAAAAACGAUCGUCGUUUGGAUGAUUGUUUAAGAUAUGCUUUAGUAAGUGGAAAUAAGGCACUUGAAGAUGCUGGUCUGGCUGGCGAAGCUUUAGCCAAAGUUGAUAAGCAACGUGUUGGAGUUCUCUGUGGCUCAGGUAUGGGUGGGCUCACGGUUUUCCAGGACGGUGUGAAAGCUUUGGUCGAGAAGGGACCGAAGAAGAUCACUCCAUUUUUCAUUCCAUAUGCCAUUACAAACAUGGGCGGAGCAAUGCUCGCAAUUGAAAAGGGCUUCAUGGGUCCAAAUUACAGUAUUUCAACUGCUUGUGCAACGGCCAACUAUGCCUAUCAUGCCGCAGCCAACCACAUAAGAAGUGGUGACGCGGAUAUAAUUAUUGCUGGUGGAUCGGAAGCACCAAUAAUUCCAGUCGGCUUGGGUGGUUUUGUAGCCUGCAGGGCUUUAUCGCAAAAUAAUAUCGAUCCAGAAGGCGCAAGUCGACCGUGGGAUAAGGCUCGAGAUGGUUUUGUCAUGGGAGAAGGGGCAGGUUUAUUAGUGAUGGAAAGUCUCGAACAUGCUCUGGCCCGCGGCGCUCGCAUUCACGCAGAAUAUAUGGGAGGUGCAAUUACGUGCGACGCACACCACAUGACCGACCCUCGUGCUGAUGGUCUAGGAGUAUCCACUUGUAUUGAACUUGCUAUCAAAGAUGCCGGUAUAUCGGUUGAAGAUAUCAACUACAUCAAUGCUCAUGCAACGAGCACCCUUGUUGGUGACGUCGCAGAGAUUGCUGCUGUCAGAAAAGUAUUUAAAGACAUGACAAAUGUUAAGAUGAACGCCACCAAGUCUAUGAUAGGCCACUGUCUCGGGGCAGCAGGGGGUAUGGAAGCAAUUGCUUCCAUUAUGGCCAUUAAAACAGGCUGGUUACAUCCGAGUAUUAAUCAGAAUGAAUGCGAGGAAGUUGUCACAGGUAUUGAUACAUGCGCUAAUGUCAAAAAGGAACACAAAGUGACUGCAGCUAUAAGCAACUCUUUUGGUUUUGGUGGACACAACUCUUGCGUAAUCUUUGCUCCGUAUGAAGCUUGA